CAGUCUUUCCAUAUGGGGAUGGGGAAGUCUUGGCCUUGUGCUUUUUCUAUUAACUUUUGGACCCUUCGCUAUAUUUUACUUUGCAUUUUAUAUCCUCUGCUUUGUGGGUGGGGGUUUUGUGGUUACUCUUUUAUUUGGAAAAAGUAACUCAGAAAAAUACCUUGAGCAGUGUGAACAUUCGUUUCUUCCUUGUACGUCAGUUGGGAUCCCUAAGUGCAUAGAAGAAAUGAAACGUGAAGCCAGACCUAUUAAGAUUGACAGAAGACUGACAGGUGCAAAUAUAAUUGAUGAGCCUUUGCAACAGGUAAUCCAGUUUUCUCUCAGAGACUAUGUGCAGUAUUGGUAUUACACACUAAGUGAUGAUGAAUCGUUUCUUCUGGAAAUCAGGCAGGCUCUUCAGUAUGCACUCGUUCAGUUUUCUGCCAGGUCAAAGGAAACAGACUGGCAGCCUUAUUUCACUACACGACUUGUUGAUGACUUUGGCACUCAUCUUCGAGUUUUCAGAAAAGCUCAGCAAAGAAUAGCAGAGAAAGGUGAUCAGAUGAAAGGCCAAGCUGAGGAACUUGUAGAUACAUUCUUUGAGGUUGAAGUUGAAAUGGAAAAAGAAGUCUGUCGUGAUCUAGUCUGCACUUCUCCCAAAGAUGAAGAAGGAUUCCUAAGGGAUCUGUGUGAGGUUUUAUUGUAUAUAUUGCUACCUCCUGGAGACUUCCAGAACAAGAUCAUGCGAUACUUUGUCAGGGAAAUCCUCUCGCGAGGAAUUCUUCUUCCAUUAAUAAACCAGCUCAGUGAUCCUGAUUAUAUUAAUCAGUAUGUCAUAUGGAUGAUUCGUGAUUCCAACUGUAACUAUGAGGCCUUUAUGAAUAUUAUUAAGUUAAGUGAUAAUAUAGGAGAAUUGGAAGCAGUGAAAGAUAAAGCAAGUGAAGAACUGCAAUAUCUUCGAUCUCUAGAUACAGCAGGAGAUGAUAUCAACACUAUAAAAAAUCAAAUAAACAGUUUAUUAUAUGUUAUUAAAGUAUGUGAUUCAAGAAUUCAGAGGUUGCAGUCAGGAAAAGAAAUAGAUACUGUGAAACUGGCAGCAAACUUUGGAAAACUUUGCACAGUCCCUCUGGACCAUAUUCUGGUAGACAAUGUUGCACUUCAGUUUUUUAUAGAUUACAUGCAGCAGACUGGUGGCCAAGCACAUCUGUUUUUCUGGAUGACAGUGGAAGGAUACAGGGUUACGGCACAGCAACAGCUGGAGGUACUUCAAAGCCGGCAGAAAGAUGGAAAACAUCAGACUAAUCAAACCAAGGGUCUAUUAAGAGCAGCUGCAUUUGGAGUUUAUGAGCAAUAUUUAUCAGAAAAGGCAUCUCCAAGAGUCAAUAUUGAUGACAACUUAGUAGCAAAACUGGCAGAAACACUGAACCAUGAGGAUCCAACACCUGAAAUCUUUGAUGACAUUCAAAGAAAGGUGUAUGAAUUGAUGCUGCGAGACGAAAGAUUCUACCCUUCGUUCAAACAGAAUGCGUUGUAUGUGCGUAUGUUAGCUGAGCUGGAUAUGCUAAAGGAUCCUAGUUUCAGAGGAUCAGAUGAUGGUGAAGGAGAAUCUUUUAAUGGGUCUCCUACUGGCAGCAUAAAUCUGUCCUUAGAUGACCUUUCAAACGUCCCUUCUGAUGAGGCAGUUCAACUCCACGCAUACAUCUCAGAUACUGUCUAUGCUGACUAUGACCCAUAUGCUGUGGCAGGAGUGUGUAAUGACCACGGCAAGACAUACGCACUGUAUGCUAUCACAGUCCAUCGGCGAAAUCCAAACAGCGAAGAGACGUGGAAGACCUAUCGACGCUACAGUGACUUCCAUGACUUUCAUAUGAGGAUCACUGAGCAGUUUGAAAACCUUGCAAAUAUACUGAAACUUCCUGGCAAAAAGACAUUUAACAAUAUGGAUAGAGAAUUUUUGGAAAAGAGGAAAAAAGAUUUAAAUGCAUAUUUGCAGCUCUUGUUAAACCCUGAAAUGAUGAAGGCUUCUCCAGCUUUAGCCCAUUAUGUAUAUGACUUCCUGGAGAAUAAAGCCUACAGCAAAGGGAAGGGGGAUUUUGCACGGAAGAUGGACACAUUUGUAAACCCACUGCGUAACUCUAUGAGAAAUGUAUCAAACGCAGUCAAGUCUCUCCCUGACAGCCUGGCAGAGGGAAUGACUAAAAUGUCUGACAACAUGGGUAAAAUGUCAGAGAGAUUGGGACAAGACAUAAAGCAAUCAUUUUUCAAGGUGCCUCCUUUGAUCCAGAAAACCUAUUCAGAUCCUGAUCAUUGCCGUGUUGCAGCACCAAUUGAUGACAAUGUGGAUGACAAUAUUCCACUAAGAGUAAUGCUGCUUCUUAUGGAUGAAGUCUUUGAUUUAAAGGAAAGAAAUCAGUGGUUAAGAAGAAAUAUAAAAAAUCUGCUUCAGCAACUUAUUAGAGCAACAUAUGGUGACACAAUUAAUAGAAAAAUAGUUGAUCACGUUGAUUGGAUGACAUCUCCUGAGCAAGUAGCUGAUGCGGUGAAACGCUUCAGAGAUGCUUUUUGGCCCAAUGGCAUUUUAGCAGAGGCUGUUCCACGGAGGGACAAAGCUAUUAGAAUGAGAACAAGGGUGGCAGGGAAGACCAAAUUACUGGAGGUAAUGCCAGAUGAACUGAAGCACAUCAUAGGUGCUGAGACGACACGGAAAGGCAUUCUUCGGGUCUUUGAAAUGUUCCAGCACACUCAACUCAAUAAGAGAAUGGUGUAUGUGUUUCUGGAGAGAUUCCUAGAAACCUUAUUUCCACAAAAUAAGUUCCACGAGCUCUUCAACAAACUGCAUUCACGGUCAAAGCAGAUGCAGAGGUAUAAGCAGAGACUACACUGUACUCAAGCGCCUUCGUUGCAGAAAAGUUCAACCACUACCAGAAGGGUUUGUGUGUCUUAA